AUGCCGUCACCGUCUAUUCUCGACCGCAUCUCGAGUCCUCGGCAGGGCCUCUCCAGCUUAUCGAUACGCAGCCCUCCUGCGCGCGAAGUCAGCGAGUAUGACUUGGAUGAUCUUGAACCGCGAGCCGAAGACCCUAUCCUCGACCAAAGGCCCCCAGGCCCCAGGCUUCGAAAGCCACUUCAAGCUACUUCCACUGCGUCAACUCGACAAUCCUCUUCUCCAUCUUCGCGCGAUGGUAAACGUCGCUACUCCGACUCUCCCUCCCGAACGAGACCGAAGCCACUCUACGCCGGACCACCACCUCCAAUUGCUGCGUCGGGUCUGAUCCACCAGCGUUCUUCUCAACAACCAAUUCCUUCGAACCAAAGUGACAGCGUGUGGGGAUAUGGAUUGCUCUCACCAACCCGGUUCGGGCUCGGCACCAGUUUGCUGGACCAGAAGCCGCCGGAGAGCCACCCUCGUCGCGAUUCAAUAUGGCGGAGUAUGCAGCGAAGAGAGAAAGCUAUCGAGCGCGAGAUUCAAGAGCUUCUGGACCUCCAAGCCUCGGGGCUAAUUGCUGGUAGCGGGAAUGGUUCUGAAAGGGACUUUGAACGGGACAGCGAUACUGGCGAAAGCACAUUUUACUCGACAGCCACCUCCAAGUCACAAAUGGUCAACUCUUUGCACAUUCCGACAAGAUCGACGCGAGAAGGAAACGUCAUUCCGGUGCGACAACCUCCUCCGAAAAAGCCGAGAGGAUUGAAGUCAGCUCGAACCGGCCUUCACCAGUCCAUGCAUGCAUUAUUUCAACUAAAGGCAGAAGAGGACGCCCAUCUCGAUACGGCUCUGGCGCAAAGAAAGGAUGUUCUCACCUACCUCGACAAGAUCAGCACAAGGAGAGAUGAGAUUUAUGCCGAACUCGACACGCUUGAGAACAACGAGGAGGAACCCCUUGGUCGAGAGUUGCGCGAGCUUGGCGCAGAACGUGAGGCUUUGGAUCAAGAUAUCCGCCUCCUGGAAGAGAAACUGGUUGGGAUGCGAAAUCGUCGUCGAUGGGUACGAGAGAAGAUGGAGGAUGUGAAGAACCGAAGAGAGGCAGGCCUGAGCGGAUACCGAGCUGCUGGACGAGAUGUGGACAUGGAAGUACGAGCGUUGGUGCAACGACCACCUAUUACUCCCUUGGAUAUCGACGCUCUUGGACCCAGCGCAAAGUCACAGUCAAGAGAAGACGUCGAAUCACUGCGAGGAACAGAAUUUCUACAACUGAGACCGGAGCGCCGUACAGCCGAGAUGGCCAGGACGUGGUGGCAAGGAGAGAUUGGGAUCCUUGAACGUCGCAAAGCACAGAUAUCGAAAGAUUGCCAGGCUCUCGACGAGGGAUCUCGGGUUUGGACCGAAGUGACCGGCAUCGUCGCUGAGUUUGAAGCUGGACUCCGGGAGCUGAUAAAGACUGGACCAGUCGACGACUCUGAUGAAUCUCAGCAGACCAAAAUGCAGAAUCAUCUGGCAAAGAUGGACUCUGUCGUCGAAGCCCUGGAGGAGCGACUGGGUGUAGCUGAGCAGAAGGGUUGGAACCUUCUCAUCUGUGCUAUCGGCGCCGAGUUGGAGGCCUUCUUGGAGGCUAGAGCACUCCUCAGGGACUCGCUCGGUGUCUCGGAUGAACCCCCAGUCACGGAAGAGUCGUCCGAUGUCAACGAAUCAAGAGAGGAAUCCGAUGAACCAAGCCAAGAGAAUCAGGACGAGAGUCACGAUGAGAGCGACAAUGAGGUACCGGCCGACUUGUUGGUAUCGAGGUUUGAGGAUCACGACCAUGAUCCUCCGGACAGCCCCCAGCAGCAGAGCGUGGUGCUCAGACGGGAUAAUUCUGAAAACAGCGACGUUCCGCCGGCAUUUCUGACAGAGCCUCAACAGAAGGUGGACUAA